AUGCUUUCAUUGAAAGGUAGAACCAGAAGAAAGAAGGCUUGUGGUUUUUUUGAAGGAAUUGAGAAAAGAAUUGUUAAUGAAGAUUAUGAUGCUGAUACAGAAGAAGAAGAUGAUAAAGAUGUAAAAAAAUAUGGGUAUUGUAAGGGUUUUGAUUCUUCUACAAGGGGUUUAGCUAUUGAUGAAAUGAGAAGGAUAUUUUAUGCUUACAAGGAUCAAUCAACAACAAAUGGUUCAUAUGAAGUCAAGUUGUUUCAGUGUUUUCGUGAUUCUGCUAUGUGCAUCUGUGGUAGCGAGCUUGGAAUACAGGGGAAGGACAGAGGAAGUGUUUCUGAGGAAAUUAGUUGA